CUAAAUAUGAUUAAUCGUCUUCAUUCAUUAAUAAGUUUGGUUACUUAAAAAUUUUACUUCUCCAAUUAUGUGAACUGGCUGAGGCAACUUUUACAAACUAUGAUGAGAAUCGUUCAACGAAAAUUAUUCAUUUUCCAUGGAACCUAACCAAUUAGACUGGAAUAAAAAGCUUGCGCAUUGAUCAAAUUGUGACUAUUUUGUCUACAUUCUAUUCUUCAUCAUUUCGCCCCGUAGGAAACUUCAGACCAAAUUUCAUGAUUUGAUUGGUUUACUGCGGAAUUUUAUUAACAGUGUCAAUUUUUCGAAGUCUACAAUCAUUUAAAACGUACAUAAAAGAUAUUUCUCGAUUUCCCUAUAAAACUCAGAACACUUCAAAAAAUCAAUCGUGACCCGAACAACAGACGUUUUUCAAUUCCACAAAACUCAUUCUGAUUAUAGUAGCAUUGUCAGGACAAUAUUAUUUAAGCCAAUCAAUGUUUAUCAUUAUCUGUUGUUGUAUAAUCAUGUCCAUAAAAAUGUUUAAUUUAUGUCUGUAUAUGUGUGUACACAUGGGUUACAUAUGACCAAAUGUUAUUUGGUAUUUAAAGCCUCAAAUACUAUUGACUAUCAUUUUAAUGGCGUCAACUAUAUUGCGUAAAUUUUAUCAACAGUCUUAUACUGUUCUGGAAAAAAGCCUUCCUCGCGAUAAAUAAAUUCUUUCCGUAAAAACGUGUAGUGCACGGGAAACUAACAAAAUUUCGUUUAAAUCUAUUAUCUUAUUGUCAAUAGUUAAAUAUCUAGAAGGUGAAUCAGGCACAGAAACUUUUAUUACACAGAGAUUUGUUGAAGUAGAUCGAAAUCGACGUAACGAUAUUUUCUUCAUAGAUGAUGGACCUCGAUAGAUAAAGAUAUUCAACAGUCCUUAAUCAAAGUAACCUAUUAAAAAUGUCUGUUCAAAUAAUUGAUUUUGAUAUACAAAAUCUAAUGACCACCUACCUAAUAUAAUGCAUCAGUUUAAAGAAAAGGAUAUUUACUCUCUACAAAUAUUUUCUUACUAUAUUUAGCAGUCACAGAACAUGACCCGUAUAUGUAAAAAUUGCAAAAAUCUCAGUUCAGUACUACUCAUUUCAUCUUCUUUUUUUUAAAAAAACAACAGAUUAGAUGUAUACAAAAUGUGACAUCAGUACCAAUUAAAACUGUUUCAAGUUUAUAUUCAACUGAUGUGGAACUUAAACAGAAUAAAUUAAAAUCACCUGUAAAUUCAUGGAAUGAAUGGGAUCCUUUAGAAGAAAUCAUUGUUGGAACACCAGAAUAUGCGACAGUACCACAUUUGUUACCUGAAGUGAAAACUUGUGCUGCAAGUGCUAAACACAAUUUCUACAUUCAAAAUGGAGGUAAAUAUUGGGCUGAUGUUAUACCAAAAGAACAUUGGCAAUUGUUAUGCAAACAAGUUGAAGAUUUUGUUAAAAUGCUUGAAUUAGAAGGUAUUAAAGUUGUUCGACCUGAUCCAGUCGAUCAUAGAAAGUCAUAUAAACUUCUUGACUUUGAAACACAAGGCUUCUAUGCUGCUAUGCCAAGAGAUUUCUUAUUAAUUGUCGGUGAUGAAAUAAUCGAAGCGACAAUGACUUGGAGAUCAAGAUAUUUCGAAUAUUUGGCCUAUAGACCACUUGCUUUAAAUUAUUGGAGACAAGGAGCCAAAUGGACAAUUGGACCUAAGCCAACUAAUUUUUCCAAAUUAAUAAGAGAUGAACCUAUUAAUGUAGGUCUCAGUGAUGAACAUAAUCCAGAUUAUGGAAAAGUGACAACAGAAAGUGAACCAUGCUUUGAUGCUGCUGACUUUAUACGUGCUGGACGAGAUAUUUUUGCACAAAGAAGUCAAGUCACAAAUUUAUCAGGAAUCGAAUGGGUUAGAAGACAUUUAGAGCCUCGUGGUAUAAAAGUUCAUAGGCUUUCAUUUGUUGAUCCAAGACCAAUGCAUAUUGAUGCAACUUUUACUUUAGUUAAACCUGGUAUAGCUAUUCAAAACCCUGAUCGUCCAUGUCAUCAAGUUGAUUUUAUCAGAAAAGCCGGUUGGCAAGUUAUCGACGCACCACAACCAUUAAUGAAAAAAGAUCAUGAAAUGUGGCUUGGUUCCAACUGGUUAUCAAUGAAUGUCUUGAUGUUAGAUCAGAAUAGAGUAAUUGUAGAAUCUGAAGAGACAGGGAUUCAAGAAAUGUACAAAAGUAUAGGAAUUAAACCAAUCAAUGUAAAAUUUAAAUAUGCAAAUUCGAUUGGAGGAGGGUUUCAUUGUUGGACGUGCGAUAUAAGACGGCAAAGUAAACUAGAAUCAUAUUUCGACUGGUCCAAAGGUGAAAUACCACGAAUUUGAAAAAUAUAUGUAUGCAAUCAAUGAAUGUAAGAUGUAGGAACGUUUUUGAUUUCCCUUUUGUAUUACUAUCAUUGUUAAAGAUAAAUAUAAUGUAUUUGACUUGUGGAAAUACAAAUAUAAUCUAACAUUAAAAUUACGACUACAUGUUCUGUGGUUUAUUUCAUGGCUAUUGGAUUCAGAAGUGGUUGACAAUUUAAUACCUGUAUGUGACUCUAAUAUAACUGGACGACAGUGGUGCUACUGAGGUGUAUGAACUAUUUAGCUAAUCACAUUCAUACAAUGUAGAAAUAAAACGUCAGGUUGUAUCUAUGACAAGUAUAAAGUAUCAGUGCCAUGGUUGAAUUUGAUAGUUUCAAAUAGAAUGAGGUUUGGGUAGAAAGUUAAUAAUAAAUAUAUUUUUGCUAUAUCCUAAUGAGUAGAAAAGUUGUAUUUC